CUGUGAUGAGAGUUUUAAUAAUGGCGUGGCAGCAGAAAGGGGCAGCUGCUCUCUGCCCAGGUCCGGGACCGGAAAACCACCUGUAAACAUCGAAGAGGAAUUUAUCAGCAAUUUUUAAAAAAACAAAAUCUGUUUAGUGACUGUUAUAAUGUUACCUCACAGAGUAAAUCUCCGCUGAGAGGUCGCUCUGUAAACUGUGUGAAACUACUGGAUUGUCGCUGGAAGCGGUCGGUCAUGUCGUUACUGUGCGUCAGAGUGAAGAAAGCCAAACUCCAGGGACCACCAGAUAAGUUCAACACCUAUGUGACACUGAAGGUGCAAAAUGUUAAAAGCACAACUAUCACUGUGCGUGGGGACCAGCCCUGCUGGGAGCAAGAUUUCAUGUUUGAGAUCAACCGGCUGGACCUCGGCCUCAUUGUUGAGGUGUGGAACAAAGGUCUCAUCUGGGACACCAUGGUGGGGACUGCAUGGAUUCCAUUAAAAAGUAUCCGACAAUCAGAGGAGGAGGGCUCAGGUGAGUGGCUUUUCCUGGAUGCAGAGAUCCUGAUGAAAGCUGAUGAGAUAUAUGGCACGAAGAACCCGACGCCUCAUCGAGUCCUGCUGGAUACUCGUUUCGAACUGCCUUUUGAUAUCCCGGAUGAUGAGGCACAGUAUUGGACUGGCAAACUGGAGCGCAUCAACAGAAUGGGAAUCCAUGAUGAGUACUCUCUUCAGGAAGAUGUUCAGAGUCACCCAUUGCCAUUUGCGGCUUCCCAGUGCUGCAACUAUUUCGGAUGGGCUGAUUCACUGACCUUGGAUGACCAGGACAGUGCUGUAGAUGACCGGGAUAGCGAUUACCGCAGUGAGACCAGUAACAGUUUGCCUCCACGUUACCACACAACUGCUCAGCCCAACUCAUCCAUGCACCAGUACCCGAUGGGGCCUCGGCCACAGCAUCGCCCGGAUGGCUGCACAGACUCUGUCCACAGUUUCGACCUGGACUACAGGGACCCAAGAGGAAGCAGUCCAGUGGAAAGUAGUCGCUUUGGGUCAUCAGGAAAUCUUAGCCAGACCAGCUCCCAGCUUAGUGAGACUGGCCACGAGAGCACUGGAGGGUCAGAACUGGAGGAGUCCUUCCACUCCUACCAUAGUACUGGUUUUCACCCUUCUACCAAUGGGCAGCUACGCACAAAUGGCACAAAUCUCUCCAUCAAUGGACACUCUGUGGUCAGUGAGCGGGAGAUGGAUAGGCUGUCCCCUGACAAAAGACAGGACAUAAAAAGUGAUACUGCAGCAGAGACAGGAUCCCCCAAACUCCACAGACCUAGUUUCCAUGAUGAUGAUGGACCACCAUUACCCUUUUCCCAAUCCAGACUUCAUUGGAUGAAGGCCAUCACUAAAGUCAGAGUUCAACUGCGGGAGGUCAGAGAUGUUGAACCCAGUACUCGACAGGCAUGGGUCAAAACAGGUGGAGGCUCUGGUCUGUAUGGAAUUGACAGUAUGCCGGACCUACGUAAAAAGAAGCCUAUCCCAUUGGUCAGCGAUGUGGCUAUGUCCCUUGUCCAAGCCAGGAAGGCAGGGAUCGCAUCUGCAAUGGCUGCUCGAUCAUCAAUUAAGGAUGAGGAGCUGAAAAAUCAUGUCUACAAGAAGACCCUGCAGGCUCUUAUCUACCCCAUAUCUUGCACCACACCACAUAACUUCGAGGUGUGGACAGCGACUACACCUACAUACUGCUAUGAGUGUGAGGGGCUCCUGUGGGGAAUCGCCCGGCAAGGCAUGCGUUGUUCUGAAUGUGGUGUCAAGUGCCAUGAAAAGUGCCAAGAAUUACUGAAUGCUGACUGUCUGCAGCGUGCGGCAGAGAAGAGCUCUAAGCAUGGAGCUGAAGACCGCACUCAAAAUAUCAUCAUGGCCAUGAAGGACAGGAUGAAGAUCAGGGAAAGGAACAAACCAGAAAUCUUUGAGCUGAUCAGGGAAGUGUUUGUCAUCAGCAAAGCCAUCCAUGCACAGCAGAUGAAAACCAUCAAACAAAGCGUAUUGGACGGGACGUCAAAGUGGUCAGCCAAGAUCACAAUCACAGUUGUUUGUGCACAAGGACUUCAGGCAAAAGACAAGACAGGAUCCAGUGAUCCGUAUGUCACUGUUCAGGUGGGCAAGACCAAGAAGAGAACAAAGACCAUCUAUGGAAACCUCAAUCCAGUCUGGGAGGAAAAGUUCCAUUUUGAGUGCCACAAUUCCUCAGACCGAAUCAAAGUGCGAGUGUGGGAUGAAGAUGAUGACAUCAAGUCCAGAGUGAAGCAGCGUCUGAAGAGGGAAUCUGACGAUUUCCUGGGACAGAGCAUCAUUGAAGUCCGAACGCUGAGCGGAGAAAUGGAUGUCUGGUAUAACCUGGAGAAGAGGACAGAUAAAUCAGCUGUGUCUGGUGCCAUUCGCCUCCAAAUCAACGUGGAGAUCAAAGGAGAGGAGAAAGUGGCUCCAUAUCACGUGCAGUACACUUGUUUGCAUGAGAACUUGUUCCAUCAUUCAACUGAUGUACUUGGUCAAGGUGUGGUAAAAAUUCCAGAGGCUCGUGGAGACGAUUCUUGGAAAGUCUACUUUGAUGAUGUGGGACAGGAAGUAGUGGAUGAGUUUGCCAUGCGCUAUGGGAUUGAGUCCAUCUACCAGGCCAUGACGCACUUUGCCUGUCUGUCUUCUAAGUACAUGUGUCCUGGAGUCCCUGCAGUGAUGAGCACCCUGCUGGCCAAUAUCAAUGCCUUCUACGCCCACACAACAGCCUCCACCAAUGUUUCCGCCUCUGACCGCUUUGCUGCUUCUAAUUUUGGGAAAGAACGCUUUGUCAAGCUCUUAGACCAGCUGCACAACUCCUUACGCAUUGACCUUUCUAGUUAUAGGAAUCACUUCCCUGCCAGCAGCAAGGAUCGCCUGCAAGAUCUGAAAUCCACUGUGGACCUUCUAACCAGCAUUACCUUUUUCAGGAUGAAGGUCCAGGAGUUACAGUCUCCGCCCAGAGCCAGUCAAGUUGUGAGGGAUUGUGUCAAAGCUUGCCUCAACUCUACAUAUGACUACAUUUUCAAUAACUGCCACGAGCUGUACAGCAGACAGUACCAGCUUGUGGACACGAACAAGGAGGAGCUUCCUCUGGAGGAGCAGGGUCCAAGCAUUAAGAAUCUGGACUUCUGGCCCAAACUCAUCAUGCUCAUUGUUUCCAUCAUUGAAGAAGACAGAAACUCCUACACACCUGUACUGAACCAGUUCCCUCAAGAACUUAAUGUAGGAAAGGUGUCAGCAGAGGUCAUGUGGACAUUGUUUGCACAGGACAUGAAGUAUGCUAUGGAAGAGCAUGAGAAGCACAGGCUGUGUAAGAGCACAGACUACAUGAACCUGCACUUCAAGGUCAAGUGGCUCUACAAUGAAUAUGUCAAGGAGCUGCCAGUCUUUAAGGGUGUUGUACCCGACUACCCAUCAUGGUUUGUGCAGUUUGUGCUACAGUGGUUGGACGAAAAUGAGGAAGUAUCUAUGGAAUUUAUGCAUGGAGCUCUGGAAAGAGACAAAAAAGAUGGAUUCCAGCAGACAUCUGAGCAUGCUCUGUUCUCCUGCUCUGUGGUGGACAUCUUCACCCAGCUCAACCAGAGCUUUGAGAUUAUCAAGAAAUUGGAAUGUCCUGAUCCUAGGGUCAUGGCUCAGUAUAGUUGCCGCUUUUCCAAGACAAUUGCCAAAGUUCUUCUGCAGUACAGUGCCAUGCUGACCAAGAAUUUUCCAUCUUAUAUUGACAAAGAGAAGAUUCCCUGUGUAUUAAUGAAUAAUGUUCAGCAGUUAAGAAUCCAGCUGGAAAAGAUGUUUGAGUCAAUGGGUGCCAAACAGAUGGACACAGAGGCUUGUGACUUGCUGAACGACCUGCAGGUGAGGCUGAACAAUGUGCUGGAUGAUCUAAGUAGAACCUUUGGGAACAGUUUCCAGACUCGCAUCAACGAGUGUAUGCGACAAAUGGCAUCUUUGCUGUACCAGAUCAAAGGACCGGUCAAUGCCAACAACAAAAACCAGGUGGAGGCUGACUCUGACAACAUGCUACGGCCACUCAUGGACUUCCUGGAUGGAAAACUGACACUGUUUGCUACUGUGUGUGAGAAGACUGUAUUGAAGCGUGUGCUCAAGGAGCUAUGGAGGAUUGUAAUGACCAGCCUGGAGAAGACUAUUGUCCUGCCACAGGGCAAUGAUACCUUUGGAGCACAGAUUCUCUCAGCUGCAAAAGAACUGGGUCAGCUCUCCAAACUCAAGGAUCACAUGGCAGGGGAGGCUAAAAGCCUGUCUCCCAGGCAGUGUGCUGUCAUGGAUGUGGCACUGGACACAAUUAAGCAAUAUUUCCAUGCAGGAGGGAAUGGGCUGAAGAAGGUCUUCCUAGAGAAGAGUCCUGAGCUGUCCUCACUCCGCCACGCUCUGUCCCUCUAUACUCAGACAACAGACACACUCAUCAAGACGUUUGUGACCACACAACAAGCACAAGUGCACAAUGGAAAGGGUAUUAGGUUAACUCCCAAUGAAAAAAUACAACCCAGCAGGGGAUCAGGUGUGGACAAACCAAUUGGAGAGGUGUGUAUCCACGUUGAGCUUUAUACUCAUCCAAAGAGUGGAGAGAGGAAAGUUACUGUUAAAGUUGUGGGGGCCAGUGACUUAAAAUGGCAGACGUCUGGCAUGUUCAGACCCUUUGUGGAGAUCACCAUGAUCGGUCCUCACCUCAUCGACAAGAAACGGAAGUUCCAGACCAAGUCCAAGAACAACAGCUGGUCUCCCAAGUUCAAUGAAACCUUCCAUUUUGUUCUGGGUAACCAAGAUGGCUUUGAGUGCUAUGAGUUGCAAGCAUGCGUCAAAGAUUACUGUUUUGGUCGUGCCGACCGGGUGGUGGGUUUGGUCGUGCUGCAAUUAAGAGACAUCAUGGAGAAAGGCAACUGCGCCUGCUGGUGCCCCCUUGGACAGCGCAUAUACAUGGAUGACACAGGCCUCACUGCCUUGCGAAUCCUCUCUCAAAGGUCCAAUGAUGAUGUGGCCAAGGAAUUUGUGAGGUUGAAGUCAGAAACUCGAUCAGCAGAGGAAGGCAGAUGA